AUGCCUAUCUUACCAGUGUCACAAAUACAAACAUUGAUCACACCAUCAGCAUCAAUCCCUGAAACGAUUUCAGGUGGUCAAUGGUCAUCGAUUGUGCAUUUAUCGAUCUCUGGCUGUGGUUUGGAUGAUUUAUUUGUUCUAUUCACUAAUAUACCCGAACUAAAGUAUUUGCGAAUAGAAAAUGUUUCAAAUAAUGUGACAAAUGUGACAAUAAAUUCUAUUGGAAAUAAUAAGAGUCUUGUAAAUAAUAUGAAAACGUUACAUAUUGAUUGCUUAAACAGUAGCAUUGAUUAUCUAUUUCAGUUAUUAGAACGGGCACCAAAUUUAGAAAAUUUGAUACUAUUCAGUUUUCAUGAUCCGAGUAUCAUAGAUGCUUCUAGAAGGCAAAUUUUGAUAGUAUCUUCGUUACGAUAUUUAAAGAAUUUCAAAUUCAAAUUUCACAUCGCUAACAUUUUGCAAAAAAGCAUCAAUGAAGAAAAUUUGAAAGAAUUUCAGAAUCAGUUUUGGUAUAAUGAGCGUCGUUGGUACACCGAAUAUUUCAUAUCGAAUAUUUUCGAUGUAGGAUAA